UGUUGUUGUUGUUUGUUUUCUCUCGUUAUUGUUGUUGUUGUUGUUGUUCACCUGUUGUUGUUGUUUUCUCUCGUUAUUGUUGUUGUUGUUGUGUUUUCUCUCGUUAUUGUUGUUGUUGUUGUUGUUGUUGUUGUGUUUUCUCUCGUUGUUGUUGUUGUUGUUCACCUGUUGUUGUUGUUGUUGUUGUGUUUUCUCUCGUUGUUGUUGUUGUUGUUGUUGUUGUUGUUGUUGUUGUUGUUCACCUGUUGUGUUUUCUCUCGUUGUUGUUGUUGUCGUUGUUGUUGACCUGUUGUUUUCUUUCUCAUUGUCGUUCCAGUUCAUGUUCCACCUGCGGCGCUCUCCGUUCCUUCAGGUGUUCAACAACAGUCCAGACGAGAGUUCUUAUUACAGACACCAGUUUAACAGACAGGACCUGACCCAGGCCCUCAUCAUGAUCCAACCGGUGCUCUACGCCUACUCCUUCAACGGGCCGCCAGAGGUACACACACACACACACACACACACGACACACACACACACACACACACACACACACACACACACACACACACCUGCAUAUACACACCUGUGUACACACACACUUCUCUAUAAGAUACUUCCUGCACAGCUGCAAACACAUUCAUACCUGUUUAACACCUAAUGUGUGUGUGUGUGUGUGUGUUUUUAUCGUGUGUGUGUGUGUGUGUGUGUGUGUGUGUUUAUCAUGUGUGUGUGUGUGUGUUUAUCAUGUGUGUGUGUGUGUGUUUAUGUGUGUGUGUGUGUGUGUGUGUGUGUGUGUGUGUGUGUUUAUCAUAUGUGUGUGUGUGUGUUUAUCAUGUGUGUGUGUGUGUGUGUGUGUGUGUUUCAGCCCGUCCUGUUGGACAGCAGCAGUAUCCUCCCCGACAGAAUCCUGCUGAUGGACACUUUCUUCCAGAUCCUCAUCUACCAUGGAGAGGUGACUACACACACACACACACACACACACACACACACACACACACACACACACACACACAGACCUCUCAUCACGGGUCACUCUGACCCCGCUCGCUGCCUGUCAGGUUCACUGUGUGGGUGAAGUAACCCCUGGUUUGUGUCUGUCAGACCGUGGCUCAGUGGAGGAAGGCGGGUUAUCAGGAGAUGCCCGAGUACGAGAACUUCAAACACCUCCUCCAGGCUCCCGUAGACGACGCCCAGGAGCUGCUGCACACUCGCUUCCCCAUGCCCCGAUACAUCGACACGGAGCACGGAGGCAGCCAGGUGGGGGCGCCAACACACACACACACACACACAGACACGUAUAUAUACCUGCACUGAGUCAGUGAUGAUGAUGAUGAUGAUGGUGUCCUGGUCCUCAGGCCCGGUUCCUGCUCUCCAAAGUGAACCCCUCUCAGACUCAUAACAACAUGUACGCCUGGGGUCAGGUGAGUGUCUGACGUUGACCUUUGACCUUUAGUCUCUCUGCGUGGAUCCGCUCUGAUGUUUGUUUCCUCUUUCAGGAGUCUGGCGCCCCCAUCCUGACCGAUGACGUCAGCCUGCAGGUCUUCAUGGACCACCUGAAGAAACUGGCCGUCUCCAGCGCCGCCUGACCGCACCUCCUGUCUCCUCGCCCUGUCUCCUCGCCUGUCUCCUCACCUGUCUCCUCGCCCGUCAUUUUUUCUUCUUUUAGUUUUUUUUCUAUUCGCUGCCUGAGCUCCAAAAACAACCAACUGAACAACAAGCCUGCACAGUCUGUCUGUCACCGCCGCCUGCCCACGCCGCCUGCCCACGCCCCAGCAGCCAAUCAGCUGCAGGCUCAGAGCGAUGAUGACCAAUAGAGACGAAAGUUUAUCAGCUGAACUCUGACUGUCUCUGGAGGUCUGAAGGUCUGCAGCCUGUAAAGGGUUAAAAUAAAACAUCAGCUGAUUGACGAACAUCAGAGUCCGGACACUCCACGCCGCCGCCGCCGCCGCCGCUGUGACCCGCUCAGAGAAGAUCCAUCAAACAGAACAUUUCUGCUGCUUCUUCUUUCAGGUCAAAUCGACGUGUUAAAGUUUUAGUUUUUAUUGAACCUUCUUCUUCUUCUUCUUCUUCUUCUUCUUCUUCUUCUUCUUCUUCUUCUUCUUCUUCUUCUUCUUCUUCCGCUCGACCACAGGAACGUUUCUCAGCUCUUCACUUUCUUCUCAUUUCAGUGUCUUAAUAAAAUUCUGUUCAAGUUCUGAGAGGAACCAAAACCUGCAAACAAACUGACAGAGUCCUAAACCAGUCAUCAUCAUUAUUAUUAUUAUUAUUAUUAAUAUUAUUAUUAUUAUUAUUAUUAUAAUUAUUAUUAAUAAUAAUAUUAUUAUUAUUAUUAUUAUUAUUAUUAUUAAUAUUCAUCUGAACUCAGAUCUGGUUUUUAAUGUCAAAUCUGUGAGUCUGAUGAAACUUUGACCUUCUUCCUGUUUCCUGUUUGUCUGAAAAGCUGCAGGCAGAAAAAAACAAAGAAGAAGAAGAAAGUCUGGAUCAUUUCAAAGACCUCCUCAGAGUCCGGGUUCGAGUGUUCGCUCCUUCUUUGCUGUUUUCUGUCUGCAGCCGUGUUUGUGCAUGCUCAUGAUGGAGGUCGGUCCGUCUGCAGGGUCUCUGAUCUAAAACCAUCAAACACUAAAAUCUGCAGAGAGAAACGUUUUCAUCUGUCUUUAUUCUCAUGUUUCUAAUAAAACUGCUGUGGAGAAAAAAAACAAACGAACGAG